AUGCCGGUAAACACAGUUUUCUCCACCACCCCUGGCGGAAGCGCGGAUAUACCCGUAGAUAUUGUUCUCGUGCACGGGCUGGAUGAGAAAACCAGUUCAGCUUGGACGCAUGAAGAAUCCGGAUGCUUCUGGCCCCUCGAUCUGCUGUCUAAGGAAGACAACAUCAUAGCCCGGAUUUUGUCGCUGGAGUAUAAAGCAGACGUGCCAUCAUUCUUUGGUAGCAGCUCAGCUGACAGAAUUCUUCAUCAUGCGCAAACACUUGUUGAAGAGCUCAAUGCGGAACGGGAGCACGAUGGUACCAACAGACGACCGAUCCUCUUCAUCUGCCAUGGUCUUGGUGGGAUCAUUGUCAAGAAAGCCUUGAUCUACUCCUCGAUGAGCACAUCGUCCAAAUUUUUACAUCAACUUUCGGUCUUAUUUUUUUUCGGCACUCCACAUGAAGGCGUAAAGAAGGCAAAUUGGUCCUUAUUAACAAGGGGUUGGAAGGGACUUUUGAAAGAUCGCAGCAAUUUCAUCACUGCGAUGGAGAAGGACUCAGAAACAAUGGAGAACAUCACCGAGCAAUUCGCGCCGUUGCUCAAGCAAUUCCACAUACAUAAUUUUUGGGAAACACUGGAGACGCAUCGGGCUUUUACCCGAGGUUAUAUUGUCACCCCUUCUUCAGCGGCUCCCGCGUGGGACGAUACGGGUCGCUCUGGUCUCCCUGGGACCCACUCUAGUAUGUGCAAGUUUCGCGACCGAGGGGAGCCUGGAUAUAAGACUAUCUAUGGAGUUCUCGCCAGAUUUCAGAAACUGGCGGGUCCCACCAUAUCGGCGCGUUCAAAGCAAGCCGAUGAUUUUCUGAACACGCAACGACAAUUUGAGGCAAACGAAAUCCUGGCUUUUAAUGUUCACCAAGGAAAUAAACCUUUUAGUCUCACGUUGGAAACGACAGCCAAUAUUGGAAAUAAACAUUUCUUGGUCCCACACGAGAUCAGCAAGUUCUAUAUAGGAAGAGAAAAACUGGCACUCGACCUGCGAGAAAGGUUCCUUGCACCCUUGGAUAAACAAAAGCGCUAUGUUCUCUAUGGGCUUGGUGGGUCUGGCAAAUCACAAUUUUGUUUGAAGUUCGCCUCGGAUAAUAAGCAAAGGUUUUGGGGGGUGUUUUGGGUGAAUGCCAGCACCCAGGCAUUGGCCGAGCAGGCAUUCUGCGACUUCGCUCGCAUUGAGAAUCUUGAGGAAAAAUUCGAAACAGGUCUGCAUUGGUUAUCAAAGCAGGAGCGACCGUGGCUUCUGAUCAUUGACAAUGCUGAUGACACUCAAUUCGAUUAUGCUCGUUACUUUCCAGCUGGUGGUCAGGGACAUAUCAUACUUUCCUCACGCAACAUCCAGUGUCAAGUACAUGCAACAAUAGGAUUCCAAGAGUUCAUCAGCUUGGAAGAAAGUGAUGCCAUCACUCUCCUACUGCGCUCAUCUCUCCUUCCUGGGGAUAAAGAGGAAUUAAGAAACACUGCCCUUGCUAUAGUUAAGGCGUUAGGGUAUCUUCCACUGGCACUCAUUCAAGCUGGUUCAUUCAUUCAACAAAACCUUUGCUCGUUGGACGAAUACUUGGAUGUAUUCAAUUCCUCGAAGAAGAUUAUUUUCUCAAAUCACCAAAUACAGGGCAGAGGCUCCUACGAGCAUAAUAUUUACACAACGUUUGAGGUUUCAUUCAAUGAAAUCGCCAGGAUGCGGACGCAGAGAGCAAUGGACGCUGUUGAAAUUCUUCAGUUAAUUUCCUUCUUUCACAAUAACGAAGUGCCCGAGGCUCUUUUUCGAAAUGCAUGGGGCAAAAUAUCGGUUCAUAAACAAGGAAUCCCCACAGCUGUCUACGAAAGAGUUGCGCGUGUUUUUGGAGAUCUUGUCACAAUCUCGACGUCCUAUUGGGGCUGGCUUACUUUCUUGGCCGAAGGUCGCUUUCCACGAAUCUUCUCACAAGCUGGCAAGCGGUGGGAUAAAAUUCGUUUUCGGGACGCAAUUGCUCUUCUUCGGUCAUACUCUUUGAUAUUCCAAAAUACCACAGUAGAGAGUUACUCAAUGCAUCCAAUGGUUCAAUUUUGGGCCCGCGAACGCCUGAGACCUCAAGCACAAAAGUUGUGGGGCAUUAUGGCAGCGAGAGUUCUAGCAGAGAGCAUUACCACAGCAACAAAGGAGUCGGAUGUGAUCUAUCGGAGGCACCUAAUACCCCAUGUCGAUUCUUGUUUAAGUAUUGAUGCUGUUGACUCUCGGCAGGGUAUACAGUUUGAAGGCUCAAAUUCUGGUCAAUUUGCUAAAUUUGCCGCUAUAUACGCCGAGGGCGGUCGUUGGGUUGACGCCUCGAGAAUCCAAGAGCUGCUCCUCAAGCAAAGACGGGAGACAUUGGGCGAAGACAGCAAUGAAAUCCUAGAGAUCAUGGCUGAACUCUCAGAGAGUUAUUGGAAUUCGAGCGAUCUUCAAAAAGCCCUCAAGAUACAAGAAAUUCUUCUAAAGAGGUGUGAGCAGCGUCUGGGAUCAUGUGAUCCGCGUACCCUGCAAGCGAUGGAUACUCUAGGGCGCACAAAAUGGCUAUGCGGUGCGAUUUCCGAGGCUCGCGGCCUCGGAAAGCAAGCCUAUGAGCUUUCGACCAAAGUUCUUGGCGCAGAUCACCCUCUUACUUUGAGCGCCAUGACUAAUUAUGGCCGUAGCUGCGCUCAUCUCGGAGACUACAAAACUGCGCAAAGAUUGCUUAUGGCUGCUUGGGAGAGGCGAAUAAAGCUGUUGGGUGGAAAACAUUUAGACACCCUAGAGACGAUGCAAGAGCUUGCAAUGAGCUGCCUUUCGCUCAACGAAGUUGACGAAGCGGCAAACCUAAUGUACUUCGUGUUGGAUAACAGGAAGCGUCUUCUGGGCCCAGAACAUGCAUAUACUCUCUGGUCGAUGAAUGAUCUUUCAAAGAUUUAUUGUGCUCAAGGCUAUCCAAGAGAUGCCGUGGAAAUUCUCAUUCCAACCAAAGAAAUCGCGUUGCGUACCUUGGGCAUAGCUCAUAUCGGGACCUCGAUGACAUUCUUCAAUCUCGCUCAUUCCUACAUAUUGUUAGAUGAGCUUGGCCAAGCUGAAUCAAUUCUGAUGGAGCUAAUACAGAGAGAGGAGUCAUCAAUUGGACCAAACCAUGCCGAUGUAUUCUCCGCGAAGAUUGAGUUAGCCCGUGUGCUGAGAAAAAAGGGGGCACUGAGAAAGGCUAAAAGAAUUUCGCAUCAGGCCUUUGAAGGUAGAAGCGCAGUAUAUGGAUCUGAGAGCCCUCGAACCAUUCAAGCCCAAAUACUGUUUGAAAAGAUAUCUCGGGAGGUGGAAAUGACAUAA